AUGGUGAUAGAGAGGGGAACAGGAAUGCUAAUCCAAAAUCAUGAUCCACUGCAUGUGGCCGCAACCCGCAGCCAAGCUGAGAAAUCAAACUCAAGUAUUGAUCGAUUGGCUUUGGGAGAGAACCAAGCUGAGAGAUCAUGGAGCUCAUACAGACACGACUUUGCCCCUUCUUACCAAUUACAGAAUGGUCCAGUGAGAUCUCCGAAUGUGGCUUAUGGCAUGUAUCCUUUACCAGCUAUGAACUCCAGUGGAGUGCCUUCAAAAGUUCUAAUGGACAUCUGUUCCACCUUUGUUGAUGCUCUGAAUGAGGGGAGCCGAGCAUGGGUGUUUGAGGAAUACAGAUUUUAUAGGGGAUCUGGGCUAUGGUCUUCACCAGAUCGGCCUUCUUCUCCUCAUCAUCCAAGGUAA